CCCUUUGGAGCUCUCACCAAUACCCAAAACUUCCGAUACUCUUUCAGCCACCAUGGGGACCACCACUCUACUCAUCCUCGAUGUCGAGAAAGGCACCCUCGAUAUGCUUGGCGAUGAUGGCGAGUACCUCAAACGCCUUAGCCAAGCCCUCAACGCCGCUCGCGAGAACAACAUCGAAGUGAUCCAUGUUAUCACUGCUUUCCGCCCUGGGUACCCCGAGUUUCACCCAUCCAACCCAUCUGUCUCCGGCAUCGCCGCCGCGGGCCUGUUCGUGGAGGGUGACCCGACCACCGAGGUCGACCCCGCCGUCACUCCCAUCAAUAACGAGGUAGUCAUCACCAAGCGCCGUGUUUCCGCCUUCUUCGGUACUGAGCUCGACAUGAUUCUCCGCUGCUACAAUACCGAGAGAAUUGCCGUCGCGGGCAUUUCUACCAGCGGCGCUGUCCUGUCGACCAUUCGCCAUGCCGCAGACCUGGAUUACAAGAUCACUCUCCUGUGUGAUCUUUGCAAAGACCGUGAUGAGGAGACUCACAAUUUCCUGAUCAAUAAGAUUUUCAAGCGGAAGGUCAAUCUCCUUACGAGCGACGAGUGGAUCCAGCAGCUCGGCGACGAGCCCACUGGUGAAAAGGCUGCCCUCUCCUAA